GAUCAGACUCUUGUGAUUCAAUGGCAUUAACUAGAUGUGACUACGAAGAGAGUGGACUUGAAUUUGGAGCGGAAGAAAAAUAUUUAAAAACUUGUUAAUAAUUUUUGCUGUGCAAAGGAAAAAAAACAGAAAAGAUAAUAUGUGGUCAUCAAGGGGCUUCGGAUUACUGCUGGCUGCCAUCUUCUAUAUGGGGCUUAUGGGCAUCUCAAAAGCUGAUACUAAAGUUGUGACAACAACCACUAACAAACCGCCGACCAAAGAUCCCAAAUGCCUUUUACCCAAGGAACCUGGUCCGUGUCGCAUGCGUUUGGACCGUUUCUAUUACAAUGUGGAGACCGAUUCAUGCGAGGAAUUUGUUUUUGGUGGCUGCAGAGGCAAUGAAAAUGCCUUUGGAUUCAAGGAGACCUGUGAAAAGGCAUGCAAGGGCUUACCAGUACCAUCCAUAGCUAUGAAGGGAUCUACCUUAAAAUCAUUGACCGCCGAUUCAGCCGUCACCGAGAAGGGUAUGACAACCACCUCUAGAACUCUACAACCAGAAAAAAUUGUGAUGUCGACUGUAACCACUCCCAAGCCCGCUCAAAAGGCGGUGGUGUCCCAAGUUACAACUCCCAAACCCCAGGUAGCUUUAAAGCACUGAGCCAAAGGAACUUUUCUAAAUUGCUUUGGAACGCUUGGUUGGUUGAAAUAAACUCGUGUUUACAUAUAAAAUAAAAAAAUGAAAACAAGUACUCAGUCCUAUUAAAUAAUAAAAUAAACAAUUUGGAAGCUUG